AUUUAAGUUUUUAGGGUUUUAGGUUCUGUUGCGCCGCACACCCCCGCUCGUCGUCGUUGUCGUACCUCGUCGCCGUUGCUCGCCGCCAGUUAAUUUUUCGCUCUCCUUUUCUCACUCUUGCGCGUCGGAACGGCGUCUCGGUGCUGAUCCCGUGCGUCGUCGUUGUCGCACCGUCGCCUUUACUCGCCGCCAGAUAGUGGUAAAUCAAGAACUAUAAAUAGCAACAGAAUGAUUUCUGCAACACAACAGAAGAUCGCCGAUGAGUUGGAUGUAAGAGCAAGAAAAUAUUUGCGUGGUGAUGGUGCUAAUUUGGAGACGUUACGAGACAAGAAACUGAAAGGUCAGCUUGCCAAUAGGGAAAAAUUAUAUGGACAGUCAGCAAAAGCUGCUGCUAAGGCAGAAAAGUGGUUGUUGCCUAGCGAGGAAGGCUAUUUGGAGCCUGAAGGUUUAGAAAAGACAUGGAUGAUCAAACAAGAGUCCAUAGUUCGCGAAGUGGAUAUUUCAAGUUUCAGAAAGCCAUUUGAUAUGAUCUUACCUGAUUUAGGUCCAUAUAAACUGGAAUACACGCCAAGUGGACGUUAUAUGGUGAUGGGAGGCCGUAAAGGCCACCUGGCAAUGAUAGAUAUGUUAAACAUGAAUUUAAUCAAAGAGUUUCAGGUUCGAGAGACUGUUCGAGAUGUUGUGUUCUUGCAAAAUGAGCAGUUUUUUGCAGUUGCUCAGAAAAAGUAUCCCUACAUAUACAAUUGGAGAGGAACAGAGAUCCAUUGUUUAAAGGAGCAUGGUGCAGCUUUAAAGCUUCAAUUUCUAGACAAACAUUUCCUCCUGGCUUCAGUGAACAAAUCUGCUCAACUCCAUUACCAAGAUGUGAGCACAGGUGUCAUAGUCGCCAAUUACCGAACUGGUCUAGGCCGAACUGAUGUGAUGCAAGUCAAUCCUUAUAAUGCCGUUAUUGGUUUGGGCCAUUCAGCUGGCAAAGUCACCAUGUGGAAGCCGACUAGCGCAAAGCCCCUGGUUACUAUGCUUUGUCAUUUUGGCCCUGUCACUGACAUUGCCUUCCACAAGGGAGGUCAUCUAAUGGCCACAACUGGCAUGGAUCACAAGAUCAAGUUAUGGGACAUCAGGAAGUUUGGCCUACUCCAUUCAUAUACUGCGCAUGCUCAGAUGCUGGAUUUUAGUCAGAAGGGCAUGCUCGCGCUAGGAAAUAAAUCUCAUGUUCAUAUCUGGAGAGACUCAGGGAAUCAAGACUAUAAACAAUAUAUGAGCCAUGAAAUGGUCAAAGGAUAUCAACUAGCAAAAGUCUGUUUUCGACCAUAUGAAGAUGUUCUGGGUAUUGGCCACUCCAUGGGUUUGUCUUCCAUAAUUGUUCCUGGAGCUGGUGAGCCUAACUUUGAUUCAUGGGUUGCGAACCCUUAUGAAACUAAAAAACAGAGGAGGGAGAAGGAAGUUCAUGCCCUCAUCGAUAAGCUUCAGCCGGAGACAAUCAUGUUGGAGCCAACUAAAAUUGGUACUCUCAAGCCACGAAGGACCAAAGCAAAUCCAACCAAGAAGGAAAUUCAAGAGGAAAUGGAAACUGCAAUUGACGCAGCCAAAAACAUUACCUUCAAGAAGAAGACCAAAGGUAGGAAUAAGCCGAGCAAGAGGACCAAGAAAAAAGAGGAAGGGGUUUUUAAGGCGAAGAGACCCUUCUUAGAGCAAAAAACUGAGGAGAGACCGUUUAAGAGACAGAAGGAAGAGGUUGAAUUGCCUAAAGCUUUGCAGCGGUUUUCUCGGAAGAAAGCAUAGUAGUGAGACCAAGUAGACUUGCUGUUCUUGUAAGCGUGUAUGAACACAUUAGUUGCUCGCUUUCCAGGUAGAGCUGACGAUAGGGAAAAAGCUCGACUCAUGCGCUGGGAAAAGGAAAAGUGGAAAACCACCUGAGCACGAACUUGAUCGUCAAAAUCCCAAGUUCUUCAAUAGAAUUAUGGAAAUCAAUGGUGAAUUAUGAACAAGGAUGAAUUAUUUGAUUGGUCCCUUUUGUUCGUGCCAUUUUAGUAUCAAUUUACCUGAUUCAACA